CUAAGAGGCGAGCGUGCCCGGGCUGAGAACGGCGUGGCCCCGUCGCCGUCGCGAUUGCCGGCCGCUCUCUGCCCUGUUCUCCGGCUCGGUUGGCGGAGGCCGUCCCCAUGAACUCGACUCCGGUAUUGCAUCACUGAAUUUUCAACUGGACAUCCCUUUGCCAAGGAAAAUUUGGAAAUGUAUACGCGGUUCAGCCUAAGGAAGCCAAUUACUGUGGCCCUGAAGAACCGCAAGUGCUUGGAGAGAAGGAAAACUCAGCGGAGGGAACCUGAAAUCCAUGCCAGUCCGCAAUAACGCAAGAAUCGCACUCUCCGGGUGCACAGCCACGCCCACUAAAGUUUGAUGGCGCCAGAACUACACUACCCAGAAGGCAUUGCACCCUUCUGCCAAUGAAAACUGACGUUCCCGUGCCUGGGCGGGCCUUCCGGCGUCGCCGUGGCGAAAUCAUUUUCCUUGCUCCAGAGAGGUCAUUUUGCGUUGAGGUGAGGAGACCUGGGAGGUGCGAGAAGAAACGGGCUGUGUUCACCACACGGAGUCGAGUGUGAGGCUCCGCGGCAGUGCCCAGAGCGAGCGGGAGCGGCCCUUCCCGCCGCGGCUCCCGGCCACGCUCUGCUCACGGCAUCUGAUGGCGGCGGCGGCGUUGAGGCGCCCGGCUGAGGGCUUCGUGACCUUUGCUGACGUGGCUGUCUCCUUCUCCUGGGAGGAGUGGAAUCUGCUGGAUACAGCCCAGAGACACCUCUAUCGCAGCGUGAUGCUGGAGACCUCGGCCCUUCUGGACUCAUUAGGACUUAAAGCUUCCAAGACCCAUGAAAUUGUCCAGCUGGAGUUGUGGGGACAGCCCUUUACACCAAGAGGUCGCUGGCCUGGAGGGGACACUGCGGAGGCGCCCUGGGAACAGAGGGUUUCUGUAAACGAAACGCUCCGCACAGACCCUCACCAGCACCAGCAGCUCGACUGUGGACAGAAAACCUUAAACGCAGAAGAGGGGCAGGCCUCAGCAUGGAAGAACUGCAGAGUACACUUGCCAGAGAAACCCUGGCAAAACGGGGAGGGUAGGAGGGAUUCCCUGACCAGCUCAGGUCUCCCCAGGCAGCAGGGGACCCACAGUGGAGGAGAGCCCUAUGGGAGCACUGAGAACCAGGAGGCCUUGUGCAGUGGGAAAAGGGGUUACAAAUGCAGCGAAUGCGGCAGAGCCUUUGGUCAGAAAUAUUUACUUGUUCAGCACCAGAGACUACAUACUGGAGAAAAGCCUUAUGAAUGUAGUGAAUGUGGGAAAUUAUUUAGCCAUAAAUCCAACCUUUUUUUACACCAAAUAGUUCACACUGGAGAAAGGCCUUAUGGCUGUAAUGAAUGUGGAAAAUCCUUUAGCCGAAAUGCUGACCUCAUUCAACACCAAAGAGUUCACACUGGAGAAAAGCCUUUUACAUGCAAUGAAUGUGGAAAAGCUUUCAGGCACAAUUCUACACUCGUUCAGCAUCACAGAGUACACACUGGAGCAAGGCCUUACGAGUGCCCGAAGUGUGGGAAGUGCUUCAGCUUCAACUCCAGCCUCAUGAAGCAUCAGAGAGUUCACACUGGAGAAAAGCCGUAUAAGUGCAGUGAGUGUGGGAAGUUUUAUAGCCACAAGUCCAGCCUCGUUAAACACUGGAGGGUCCACACUGGAGAAAGGCCUUUUGAGUGCUGUCAAUGUGGGAAGUUCUUUAGCCAAAGCUCCAGCCUCAUCCAACACCGAAAGGUUCACACUGGAGAAAAGCCUUUUAAGUGCAGUGAAUGUGGGAGAUUCUUUAGCGAGAACUCCAGCCUUGUUAAACAUCAAAGGGUUCACACUGGCGUGAGGCCUUACGAGUGCAGGGAGUGUGGGAAGUUUUAUCGCCACAGCUCCAGCCUUGUCAAACACCGAAAAAUUCACACUAGAGAAAUGUCUUAAGAGUGUGACAUUCGUGGGAAAUCCUUUCACCAGCGUUUCAGCCGCAUCCGACACCAGGAGGUUCGCACUGGAGAGAAGUCUCGAAUACAGGACAUGGGAGAAAACCUUUGGCUGUCCCUCCAGCCUCAUUCAAUGCUGCACAGUUCGCAGUGCUGCAAGGCCUUAUGAGUGCACUGGAUGUGGAGAAAGGCUUAGGUCAAAGGCCAAAGUUCAGAGUGGAGAAAAACAUCAGGAAUGGAGGGGACUUGAACGUUCUGAGAGUAUCCUUUAAGAGGGGUCCAGAAAUUGAUGACAUUUGUAUAAAUAUGCCUUCUGGGUACAGGAAGACAAUUACUGAUACUCAGCUCAUCCCAAGAAGCCUGGAAGCUCCAAGAGGAGGGAGCCCUGUGUUCUUGGCUGCAUCAGUCUGGCGUGGAAUUUCCUUCUCACUGCGUGUAGAGGGCGCUGGGACCAAAGGCCUUUGUUCACACUGAGAAUGUUGCUAUUUUUACUGAAUGCUAGAUUUUUCUGAAUACAUAUUACUUCAUUUGCUGUAUAUUAGAGCCAUCUCCAGAGACUGAGAAUUGUGUUCUUAUAAUUUUGUUGGGGAACAGGUUUCCAGAGCUCCUGAUGCUGUAUGCUGGAGAUUGAUCCAGGUGUUUAAAUUGUAAAGAGUCUGUCAAAGUGUGUUCUGAAUGGCUAGGAAUUUCACAUUUGUUCCUGUAGUAUGUUAGAUAUGCAGUGUCUUCAUGUCAGCCUGACACUUUGUAUGUAAGUAUAUGAUGAGUCAUUCAUUUUAGCCAUUUUACUUGGUAUUAAAUUGUGGUUCUUUUCCUUAA